CAUCCGGUUAUAUAUCUGUCUCGUUGUUCUGACUGUCUGUACUCAGCAGCUGGUGAAGUUAAGUGAAAGCUAAAAUAUGGAGGACAACAUAGACGUGGAAGCUGGAGAAAAUCCAUUUCAACCUUAUUUAGACGCUCUACGGAAGGAGUUAAACCAAGACCCCAUAUUUAUUAUCGGAAUUAUAAUUUCUUUGGCUGUUGUUGUCAUCAGUUUUGUGUUGUUGAAGUACUUCCUGAGCAGCAAAACUGUCCAAAGUGCUGUGCUGCUGGUUGGUCUCUGCGAUUCUGGAAAGACCCUCCUCUUUAGUCGAUUGUUGUCAGGAAGGUUCAAGAAGACCCAGACCUCCAUCACAGACAACAGUGCCCCCUACAAAGCCAAGAACGAGAAGGGCAGCAGCUGGACCCUGAUCGACCUCCCUGGACAUGACAGUCUUCGUCCGCAGUAUGUGGAGAAGUUCAAGUCAGCAGCCAGGGCCAUAGUCUUUGUGGUGGACAGUGCCAUCUUCCAGAAGGAAGUGAGAGACGUGGCUGAGUUCCUGUACUUCCUGUUGACUGACAGUGCAGUGUCCAGGAAUGUCCCCUCUCUGAUAGUGGCCUGCAACAAGCAAGAUAUCACCAUGGCAAAAUCUGCUAAGCUGAUUCAGCAGCAGCUGGAGAAAGAGAUGAACACAUUGAGAGUGACACGGUCUGCGGCUCUGGGCACCCAGGACGGGUCAGCAGGGUCCAGCGUGCACCUGGGGAAGAAGGGCAAGGACUUCGAGUUCAGCCAGCUGCCCAUGAAGGUGGAGUUCCUGGAGUGCAGUGCCCGUGGCAGCAAAGGGGAGAACGGUCAGGCAGACAUCGGCAGCCUCGAGAAGAGCCUGGCCAACCUGUGAGAUGGCUGGGUCUUGUUAUUGACCAUCUGGUUCCCAUAUAGGUCACUACUUUGGCCAAGAGCCCUUUGCUCUUAGGUGUGUUAUUGUGAAUGGGCUCUCUUAGGAUAUUUUCCUGAGGACUGUCUCAACAGCCUCUCAAGACUCCAGACUCAAAUCACUAUACUAUGAUAAAGUGAAUAACUUCUUGUGCUGACGUCACAAGGUCAUGUGAUGUAGUGAAUGCCAAUUUGCAAAAAAAAAUCUGAUAAUGAAAAUAAAGUGUUUGCUUUUCUCCAGCA